CAAUCGACUCAUGUACCGCAUAGAGCUUAUUCACACUUUGUUGACCUCACCCGGAGAAGAAGUUAAUAGUGUGACAACGACUAUAUAGAUCGCUACAUUUUCCGUUCGUUAGUUCAUUCAUUUUCAUCACCCACGCGUUUCAAUUCGGCCGUUUUCCACGCUAAUUCAACCAACGUCAUCAAAGAAAAACAAAAAGCAAAAGAUGAACCCGGUUGUUGUUCUCCUGCUGGCCCAGAUGGUGGCGGCUCAACCUGUGGCGCUGCCUAACCCACUCGAUGAAUGGAACACCAGGCCGGCCGGCAGCAGCAGCAGCAGAGUAACAGAAACGGAUGACCAGCCCAUCAGAACUCGAAGCCUGCCUCAACCAUCACAAUCAACAUCUGGAAAUCACGCUGGGCCAUUCAACACCAAAAAUGGGGAAGCAGUCCUCAACGUGAGCGGUGAUAAGUCGAAAGAUGGGAUCAACAAGAUUAUCACGACGACCACAACGACGGAACCUUCAACGCAGCAGGCCACGGUUGACAUAGAAACUUUGCCAGGUUUCUGGUUGAAAAACCCCAACAAAGUAGAGGAAUCAACUGGAACACCUUCCGAAGUCGAUUAUCGCACAGAGCGAUAUCGAUUAGACGAUCUGCUUCUACUAAAUAUGAAGCGCAAAAACGUUGGCCCCCUACAAGAAGAAGAAGAAAACCAUUAAGAGAAGGAUAGGAAUUCCAAUGAAGUAACUCUCUUACAACAACAAAAAACUAACCUCUCAGAACUCCAUGUCGAAAGAUGAGCACCACAACAAUAAUCAACUCAACUCUUUUUGUUUCUGUUUGGUUUCGUAUACGGGCAAAGGUAAGUGUGCAUAAUAACUUACCGUUCAGGAGGUUAUGACCACGCCCACCUAUGGAACAUGGUCAUCAUUUCCCUUCCCAUCUCUGUGGAAUGCUGAAAAGAGCCUCUUCAACCUUCCCAACACACUCUCUUGUGUUGUAAUUUGUAUAUGUGUGCGUGAGCACCCGCUCUUUGUACGUCUCACAAAAAGAAAAAAAGAAGUAUUAUUUGCGGGAUAUAUCAUCAAUGUAAAUACAUUUCUAUUCGUUAAUGGA